CGCUCAUUUUCAAAUGCAAGUAGAAGUAGACUAUCUCUAUGGCUGUGUUUUUGGCGACUCAAGCUACAGUAUUUAAAGGCUUUCUGGAGCCCAAGACCACCAUCAGACGAAUACCAUGGCUACGAACGCCGCGAUAGAAGAUUUCGAUGUAGCGUCACCCCGUCGAAGAAAACACUCCAGCUACUCCGAGCCCAGUAUCACAGCCAGCAGCAGCAGCAGCAGCAGCAGCGAUGGGUACUACAGCCUGGGUUAGUGCUUGGUGUUCCUGACGUUUUCUCCAGACGGACGCUACCAGUAUGGCAGUCGAGGGGAGGGAAGAUCAGAACAGUAGGGCUGAAAAGUUGGAGUCACAAACCGAUAGGGAUGCCCUUUCAAAGCAGCAGGAAGAAGUCAAUUCAUUUCCUCCUGAUGCAUAAUGAUGAGCAUACAUGGUACUGUACACUUCCUUCUCAUAUUUCAAGUUGGUCAAGAUUGCAGCUGCUGCAUUCUUUGGAGCUUACUGCUAAUGAGCCUGACCUUGAUGAGGCUGUGAAGAAAAUCACUGAAAACCAUGGUUACAUCUCUGUGGUUACUUCUGACAAAAGGACUCUAGCAUCAUUUAAACAAUAGAAAUUUUAUCUUAUGCUCUUUACUGUAUCAUUGCUCUUUGUAUCUCAUGCUCUUUUACUGUUAAAUAUUUUUGUCACUUCAACAGUAAGAGCAGUGGCGCUACUGCAACAACCGAACAGCGCUCUAAAGCACCAACCGCGUGUUGUCGAACACCCUAUGAAAUGUUUAUGAACACCCCAAAGGGUGUAUUGUAGCAUCAAUAGAAAGGCUAAAUAGCACUCUUAUGGGUGUACAUUGCCCCAGAAAGGGUGUUCCUGUACACUCUUAUGGGUGUACAUUGCCCCAGAAAGGGUGUUCCUGUACACUCUUAUGGGUGUACAUUGCCCCAGAAAGGGUGUUCCUGUACACUCUUAUGGGUGUACAUUACCCCAGAAAGGGUGUUCCUGUACACUCUUAUGGGUGUACAUUACCCCAGAAAGGGUGU